AUGACUUUCAUCCAGGACAUAGCGAAUCCUGUGGAUCCACGUGGCAAAUGCUUUGUUGCAGAGCUGGAGGUCCCUUGGGUAGAGAUGAGCUUCUAUGCUAAACAGCAGCUGCAGAAGAAACCUCCCUUGGAGGAGUGUGGCGUCGUCAUCGAUUGUGGGGGUGUGGAAAGAUUCUUCAUUCCGACAAUCAGGACGAGGACGGCAGGCAAUGGAAGUGUCGCAGUGAAGUGCAUUGACAUUGCUUCGCCGAUGAGCCACGACGAGGGCGAGGCCUACGAACGAGUCGGCAUCCGCCUACCCACUGGUGCUUUCACUUACGCUUUCUUUGAGUCGCAGUACCUUGCACGGGCAGAGGAUCCGCGCCGCGGCGCUCUCUUCCUGAUUGACCCCAACAUGAUCCUGUGUCAGAAUGCAAUGACGGAGGCGCAGAAGCAGGAGUUCCAGACGUACGGUGGCAAGAAAGUUCUUUACUUCGAUGUUCUGGAUGAUCCUAACAUCAAGGAGAGAAGAGCAGAGAUCCAGCGAUGUCGCGAGAAGGGCGACGAACAGCGCAGAAGAUACGAGGAGGCUGAUAGGAAAUGGGAGGAAGAGCGAGAGCAAAGAAUCUUGCAGGCGCAGCUGGAUGCCGCAAAGCCGAAGCUCAGCAAAAAGGCGAAGCAAAAGGCGCGACAAGCCUUGAAGAAAGGCACGAAGUCCGGGCAGCCGGAGGAGCAGAAGGAAGGUGCAGAUCGAGCGGAGGACGAACUCAAUCCCGACGAAGAGUCGGAGCAGGAGCGUCUUCACACACAGCGCCAAGCAGAACGACGGGCAAAGCUAUUAGAGGACCUGAAGCAGGAGAAAGAGCAGGACUCGCAGCGGAAGAAGCUGGAGAUGGCCGAGGUAGUUGAAUGCUUGUCCAUGGAAGCUGGCACCAACCUGGCUGUCAGGCCAAACGUCAAGCUCAAGAAGAAGCGAAUCGAGCCGUCAUGGGAAACGCCGGAGCAUGCUGCUCAUCUGGAGGUUGCCACAGCAGAGGGAGAUAUACUGGUGAAGGGCAUCGAUCCGGCACCCCCUCCUGGGGUCAAAGAGGACCUUAAGACAGAGUCUUCAGAAGCAGGCAAUGGCUCGCUCGCGGCAAUGGCCACAGAGGACUCAAAGAAAGAUGAUAGCGGGGCAGACGAGGAGCGACAAUUCGUGACAUAUCAGGAUGGCUCCACCUAUACAGGAAUGAUCAAAAGUGGAAAACGCCAUGGUCAUGGCGUGUGGCAGUCGAAGAGCUGCCAAUACGAAGGCCAGUGGAAGGAGGACCAGCAGGAUGGCCAUGGCCGACAGACGUGGAGCGAUGGACGCGUCUAUGAGGGACAGUUCCACAAGGGGCGCUUCUCUGGAACUGGAAAGAUGGUGUGGCACACACAGAAGGGCAUGCUAGUCUACGAGGGUCAGUAUAAGGAUGACCUCAAGGAUGGACAUGGUAUGUUCAUUUGGCCAGAUGGCCGAACAUACGAUGGAGAAUGGAGAGAGGGCAAGCGUCAUGGCCGGGGCACCUACAUCACUGCAAAGGCAGAGAGGAAGGUGGGGUACUGGGUGGAAGACAAGUUCGAUCGCUGGGAGAAGGACGCUGCUGGUUUGUUCGGCAAAAGGGCUGUGCUUCCACUGUCAGGGUUCCAUAUGCCCGAGUAG